UCCUCUGCCUCCACCAGUGUCGCCAACCUACUUGCCUGUUUCAACAUCACCUCCGUCAAUACGAGUUUCUACACCAGCGCCAACUUAUCUACCACCAUAUGGUCAGGAAAUCCAACAACUUUCUCAAGCACCCGUCACUUACGCAUCAAGCACCGCAUCUGCAAUGUCGUCCAAUGCGGUUAAAAUAAUUGGACCAGUCGGACCAACGGUGAAUAAUUACGGAGCAUCUAACGCAGCAUCGUUUGCAAGUUCUUCGGCUUCUAGUCCGACAUAUGACUACUCGACAGCGCGUCCCACGACUAUUGGAUACAAUUAUCCUACGCCAGCUCCUCCCGCCAGCUAUCCUGCCCCAGCUCCUCCACCUAGCUAUCCUGCUCCUGCUCCUCCGCCCAGUUAUCCUACGCCAGCUCCUCCAUCUAGCUAUCCUGCUCCUGCUUCUCCACCCAGUUAUCCUGCCCCAGCUCCUCUACCGAGUUAUCCUGCACCAGCUUCUACUCCGACUUCAAAGUAUAACUAUUCUCCCAUCUCUAGACCCAGUUAUUCUGCAUCCGCUCCUCCACGUAGUUAUCACGUAAUACCACGCCCUGGCCCACGUUAUCUACCUCCAAUCUCUUAG